GUGUGGGGGAAGGGAAGAGGGAGGACGAGAUCGAGAACACCGAGUCGGCUUCUUUCUACGGCCGUCUCCGUGCCGCUCUGCUGUCCCACCAGUCUCGAGGCCGCUUCGCUCACCUCCGCUCCGCUUCGUGUUCUCCUCCCCCUUGUUGGUGGACCUCCCACCAUUCGUCUCGCGGAGAGAUCUGCGUCGGCGCGCUCGAGGGGCAUCGGGAUCGAGGCCGAGAUGGUGCCGAACAGCGUCGCGAAGCCGUGCUUCGGCGCUGUAUGACCGUGCUGGCCGCAGGGUUUUCCUUCGAAUCGAGGGCUCGGUGGGCGGCGGCGGAGGGCCAGGAGGAGGCGGGGUGCAUGAGGGAUUUGGUUGGGGAUUGGAGACGGGCGAGGAGGGACUGCAGGCUCGUGAUCCGGAGCAGGUGCCGGUGGGGCAAAUGCGGCUGAGAUUGCCGCGGACUGUUGUCUUCUGAAGUUGAAUCAGCCGAUUUCUUUCCGAACUUCAACUAGUCGGAGGGUCCUUAGUUACUCUGCGCAACAGGAAAGAGAAGGGGGAGAUAAGGAUCUAUUUUAGGAGGAAGAGUACAAGAGUGUAUAGUCAAGUCCUAAAAGAUGCAGCAAGAUCAGCGAAAGAAGAACACAUCGGAGAUGGACUUCUUCACGGAAUAUGGGGAUGUCAGCAGGUACAAAGUUCAGGAGGUCAUUGGUAAAGGGAGUUAUGGACUUGUGUGUUCUGCCAUUGACACACAUACCGGUGAAAAAGUGGCCAUAAAAAAGAUACAUGAUAUUUUUGAACACAUUUCUGAUGCUGCUAGGAUUCUUCGUGAGAUUAAGCUUCUUAGGCUUUUAAGACAUCCUGACAUCGUGGAGAUAAAACACAUUAUGUUGCCUCCAUCAAGAAAGGACUUCAAAGAUAUUUAUGUUGUCUUUGAGCUCAUGGAGUCAGAUCUUCACCAAGUCAUAAAGGCUAAUGAUGACUUAACCAGGGAGCAUUACCAGUUCUUUCUUUAUCAACUGCUUCGUGCAUUAAAAUAUAUCCAUACAGCUAAUGUUUAUCACCGAGAUCUAAAACCAAAGAACAUUCUGGCAAAUGCAAACUGCAAACUUAAAGUAUGUGAUUUUGGUUUAGCAAGAGUUGCAUUUAAUGACACACCAACAACUAUAUUCUGGACGGAUUAUGUUGCAACCAGAUGGUACAGAGCUCCAGAGCUAUGUGGAUCAUUUUAUUCGAAGUAUACCCCUGCUAUUGACAUUUGGAGCAUUGGAUGCAUUUUUGCUGAACUCUUGAUUGGAAAACCACUUUUCCCUGGUAAAAAUGUGGUUCACCAGCUGGAUUUGAUGACUGAUCUUCUAGGAACACCUUCCUUAGACACCAUUUCUCGGGUGCGUAAUGAGAAAGCAAGAAAAUAUUUAAGCAGUAUGAGGAAAAAACAACCAGUGCCCUUUUCUCAGAAGUUUCCAAAUGCUGACCCACUAGCUCUAAAAUUAUUAGAAAGGCUUUUGGCGUUUGACCCAAAAGAUAGGCCAUCAGCUGCGGAGGCCUUAGCUGACCCUUAUUUUAAGGGUCUGUCUAAAUUGGAAAGAGAACCUUCAUGUCAACCAAUUUCAAAAAUGGAGUUUGAAUUUGAGCGCCACAGGGUGUCAAAGGAGGACAUUAGGGAACUUAUCUUUCGAGAAAUAUUGGAAUAUCAUCCACAACUUCUCAAAGAGUACAUUAAUGGAACUGAAAGACCAAACUUCCUAUACCCCAGCGCUGUUGACCAAUUCAGGAAGCAGUUUGCGUACCUUGAGGAAAAUCGUGGUAAAAGCGGACCAGUAGUUCCAUUAGAGAGAAAGCAUGUUUCUCUCCCUCGAUCGACUGUGGUCCAUUCUACUUCAGUUCCUCCAAGGGAGCAACCAAAUUUGGCUUCAUCAAGAGGGAGUCAAGUUAUGGAUGACACAUCCAACAACCCUGGAGACAGUGGAGCACCUAGAAAUGUUGCAAGGACUUCACAGUUACCUCAGAGGAUUCCAACUGCUAAACCUGGGAGAGUGGUGGGUUCUGUGCUGCCAUAUGAACAUGGAGGUCCAAAAGAUUCCUAUGAUCCAAGGAGGCUGAUUAGAAAUCAUGGCUUUCCACCCCCGCCGGUCAUUCCUCCCACCUUCUGUUUCAACAGAGCGAUGGCCAAUCCGACAUGCUCGGAGCGGAACUCAGUAGAGGCAGAGAGACUCGUGAUGGACCGGAAACCUCACCGAUCUGUGCCUGACUUAGUUAUGGACAUGGGUGUCCACGCUUUCUGUCAGCCUCGAGGUGCCAAGGCUGAUUCAAUGGAAGACGGGAUGAUCGUGGAUGCGAACAUGCUACCCCCAAAACCUACAUACAACGGCAUCGCUGCUGCUGCUGCUACUGCUAAUAUGGGCGCUGGUGUCAUGCAGUUUGGCGUAGCAAGAAUGAAAUAGGUCGCAAUAUGUUGGUAAUGGUGUUAACUUAUAUUACUCAUGAGGGAAGAGAAAGCAAGGUUCUCCAAUAUUAUGUUAGUUUAUUGUGGAUGCCCUCCUAAAUUACCGUAGAUGAAACCCCCGAUGCCUUCUUUUUUCCUCGUACUAUUUGCUUCUCUCCUUUGUUUUCCUCCCGCGAGAUAUCUCCCGUAGAGCGAGUAUAAUGUCUUAAGCUUGUUUUUAGUCAACAGGGAUGGCUGCAAAUGUUGCAAAAACAAUAAUAUUUUGAUAAAUUACAAUA